AUGCGACUCGAGGCGGACGAAGAAGCCUUCGAACUCGGAACCUACUCGGUGGGUCGGUGGGAAUGGAUCUUGCGCCAGCGGCAAGACCUUCGAAAGCAGAGAGCCGAGCAUCGUGAACGGAUCUACUUUCGCCAAGGUCAUAUGGAACGUAUGGUGAGGUUGGUGAGGAUGCAUGCGAAGCGGAUGGUUCAGACCUCGCAAAGUGCGGAGAGGGCCUAG